AUGUCUUCUUCCCUCUUAGAAAACGCGCCUCAUGAUCUCCUCUACCCUAAACUCGCUUUCCAUCGUUCACCAGUCUUCACGAAAUCGACAAGGGGUCUCCGCCCCCUCAUCCACCUCCAACCUUCACCGCCUCUUCUGGUCCUUCUUCCCCUCUACCAUGUGGAUUUGAUUUUGUUUUCAGGCGAUUUCUUCGGUUUUUCAUUUUUCCCAGGUUUGAGUGUUCAUUUGGUUGAACUAAAAGAUACUGGUGAACUUUUUGCCAUGAAAGCAAUGGAUAAAGCAGUAAUGAUGAACAGAAACAAGGUUCAUCGAGCUUGCAUUGAAAAGGAAAUAAUCGGGCUACUGGAUCACCCUUUCCUUCCAACACUAUACACAUCUUUUGAGACUGCAACACAUGUCUGUUUGAUAACAUACUUUUGCCCUGGAGGGGAAUUAUUUGCUCUGCUUGACAAACAACCUUUGAAAUUAUUCAAAGAAGAGUCUGCAAGAUUCUAUGCAGCUGAGGUUGUAAUUGGGUUAGAGUAUCUCCAUUGUUUAGGUGUCAUCUAUAGGGACUUGAAACCAGAGAAUAUAUUACUUCAAACAGAUGGACAUGUUGUAUUGAGUGACUUUGAUUUAUCAUUCAAAACACAAUGUAAACCCCAAGUUAUAAAACAUCCUCAGCUUAAAAGGAGAAGAUCUAGAAGCCAACCACCACCUACAUUUGUUGCAGAACCUUCUACACAAUCUAAUUCAUUCGUUGGCACAGAAGAAUACAUUGCUCCGGAAAUCAUAACAGGAGUUGGCCACUCCAGUGCUAUUGACUGGUGGGCAGUGGAAGAGCGGGAAAGAAAGAUGAAGAGGUAUGAAUGGAGAACAAAAAACUGGAAACAAAGGAUAAUAUACUUGGAGCCUAAGUAUUAA